UCAAAGUUGACUCGCUUGACGCUUUCUUCGAGAUCUGAAACCUCUUUCUCCGAGCUCUCUGUUUUUCUCUUUAUCCUUAUUCGCACUUCAAUUUCGCGUCAUUUUCUUUGACGGAUCUUUGUCUUAUUUGAUCAAGGGAUAUCCGAAAAACCAAGGCUUAGGCGACUCGAUAUCUUAGCGGCGGAUCCCAUCAUGCCGAGCUCAUGCAGCGAAUGCGGUGGGACGGUACUUGAGUACGACAUGGCUGCAGGGAACGGAGUCUGCGUGGCCUGCGGCAUGGUCGUCGAAGAGAACACGAUUGUCAGUGAAAUAACCUUCGGGGAAACAUCGAGCGGUGGGGCGAUGGUGCAAGGCUCAUUCGUGGGACAAGGAGCCACUGGUGCUAGAUUCGGCGGUCCGUACGGCAAUCGGGGAAACGGAGACUCAAGGGCGCAGACAUUAGAGAAUGCUUCCAAGAAGAUCCACAUGGUCUCCUCCGUACUUCGACUAUCAGAGACAAUCUCAAAUGCGGCGCUGCGCAUGUAUACAUUGGCCGUUGAGCACAAGUUCACUAAAGGCAGGAAGAGCAUGAAUGUGGUCGCAGUCUGCCUCUAUAUCGCUUGCCGGCAGAAGGAGACCUACAAUCAUAUGCUGAUCGACUUCUCCGACUUACUUCAGGUCAAUGUUUUCGAAUUGGGCCACACGUAUCUACAACUGGUGCAGACACUCAACCUGCGCCUUCCCCUGGUCGAUCCCUCGCACUACAUCGCACGCUUUGCCGCGCUGCUCGAAUUCGGGGACGAAACACCGAAAGUGUCUGUCGACGCUAUCCGGCUGGUCCAGCGAUUCGAUCGCGACUGGAUGAGAUGUGGCCGACGCCCUGCGGGAAUUUGCGGUGCUGCGCUGCUCCUCGCAGCCCGGAUGAACAACUUCCGGCGAUCGGUUCAGGAGAUCGUGCAAGUGGUCAAGAUUGCUGAUACGACCCUGAAAAAGCGGCUGGACGAGUUCAAGAAUACGCCAAGCGGGCAGCUGACACUUGCCGAUUUCCGCAGUGUGUGGCUCGAUGAGGAGGUUGAUCCGCCGGCCUACACACGGAAUAAGCAGAAGGAAGAGGAGGACCGACUUGCGGUGGCGGAGGCUGCUGAGGAGGCCCUGAUGGGCGGUUCCAAAGAGCAAGAGGGGAAAGUGAAAGGAAAGAAGAAGAAAAAGAAGGGAAAACGGAAACGAGAGGAAAGCGACCAAGAUGAUGAGGAGACGUUGGCAUCGAAAGCGGACGGCGUCGAUGCAACUACACCCCUGCGAGUUCCUUUAGAUCCUUCGGAUCUCAAUGCUGGCAUCCUCGCUGGUACCUCCUCCGUUCCGCUGUUUUUGCCAGAUCUUGACGAGGAAAUGAAUCUGGUCGCUGACAAGGAUGAUCCAAACAUCGACCCAGCACUAUUGUUUCCACCUUCGACUGAUCGCACACUCGUCAACUCGUCAUCUGCCGCAGAGACUUCUCUAUCCGAAGCGUUGUCAGAAGAAAUGACGAACUAUCUUGAGAAUACUCAGGGCGCGAUGCUCUCGUCUGCUUUAGAUGAGGCACAGGCGCGUCGGAUAGCUCAGUUCGAGACCGUUGACGAGCUUCUGGGUCUCAACGAGGACGAGCUUGAUCGAUUCAUCUUGACGGAAGACGAGGUCAAGGUCAAGGAACGGGUCUGGGUGGAGCUGAACAGGGACUACCUCGAAGCAUUGGCAGCUAAAGGGGACGAGGAGAAGCAGGCGACUAAAUCGAAGAAGGUUCGAAUCCCAGCCGUGACGUUCUUUUAUCUAACACCUUUAUCUUUACAGCGCCGGAAGACAACUUCCAAUGUCCCACGCGACACGUCAAAUCCUACAGCGGACUCUGCGGCCGACUCGGCCGAGCAGCUCGUGAAGAAAAACAGCCGAUACAGCAAGCGUAUUAAUUAUGACGCGUUACGUAAUCUUCUGGUGGAAGGUCCGACAUACGACGAGAAGGACGACAGCCAAUUGUAUACUUUCGACGACAAAGAUGACGAUGAAGGCAUGCAGAAUCUCGUUGUAAUCGAAGGCGAAGCUGAGCCGGCACCUCCCUUGAUCCGGAGGACACCCAAGUCUACAGCUGCCGCACCGCCAGAGGACGACGAAGACGAAGAGAGCGACAAGGGCGAAGACUUGGGCUGGGAACAGGAGGUGUAAUUUCUUGUUGUUAAAAUUCCAAAGCAUUUGUAUUUGUAUUCCAUGGCAUAAGGACUGGCAUGACACCAAUUCACAGUCAAUCGAUUCGG